CCCGUGCUUUGAGGCACUAUGGUCGUCCACAUCUGGAGUUUGAACAUUAGCAACAAAGAUAUUUCUGCGCUUAAUCAAAGUGCAAAUGUCAGUUCAGGAGACCCCCUAGAGCCCCACGACAACACCCAAGCUGGCCUGAGCCGGACUGGCCACACGGUGACAGCCGUCUGCCUCGGAAUCAUUCUGACGUUUGGAUGCCUGAACAACCUCUUUGUCCUGCUCAUCUUUGCGAGGUUUCGCUCACUGCGGACACCCAUAAACCUCAUUCUGCUCAACAUAAGUCUGAGUGACAUACUGGUUUGUUUAUUUGGGACUCCCUUCAGUUUCGCUUCCAGUCUCUAUGGGAAAUGGCUGUUGGGACAAUCCGGCUGCAAAUGGUACGCUUUCGCCAAUUCGCUUUUUGGAAUUGUGUCUCUGAUGUCUCUGUCUAUACUGUCAUACGAGCGUUAUGCCACCCUGCUGCGCCCCACCAAGGCAGACGUUUCUGACUUCCGCAGGGCCUGGCUUUGUGUGGCCGGAUCCUGGCUCUAUUCGCUGGUAUGGACUCUCCCACCAUUCCUGGGCUGGAGUAGCUAUGGACCUGAAGGACCCGGGACUACAUGCUCAGUGCAGUGGCACCUGCGCUCAACCAACAGCAUGUCAUACGUGAUGUGCUUGUUCAUCUUCUGUCUGCUUUUACCACUGAUGCUCAUGAUCUUCUGCUAUGGCAAAAUCCUGUUCAUUAUCAAAGGGGUAACUAAAAUCAACCUGCUGACCGCACAGAGGAGAGAGAACCACAUUCUUCUAAUGGUUGUAACCAUGGUAUCCUGCUAUCUGCUGUGCUGGAUGCCUUAUGGGGUGGUAGCUCUGUUAGCUGCAUUUGGCAGGAGGGGACUGAUCACUCCUGUAACCAGUGUGGUGCCCUCUGUCCUGGCCAAGAGCAGCACUGUGGUCAACCCGGUAAUCUAUGUGCUUUUCAACAACCAGAUCUACAGGUGUUUCUUAGCAUUUCUGAAGUGUCAAAGUGAACCAUCUAUUCAUGGUCAGAACCCUCAGCACAGCAGCAAAGAAGAUCCUCAUGCUCUCAGGCCCAGUGAUGGGCCCUCAUUGCAUGGAAACAUCAAGGCCCUCCAGAAUAAAGAGCAGCAAACGUUGUCCUUAGUGGUUCACUACACACCCUGACACUCUCAAAGACUUCUCAUACUAUCUGUACAGCUCAGCGUUUAUCAUGUGACGGGAUGGAAAACUGAUUUGAGAUGUUAGAUCCAUAGGACCAAUAUCAGAAUCACUGAGAAGGACCAAACCAGAAUCACAUUUUUUUCUUUGUGUGCUUGUUUUUUUUUAAUGAUGCAUUGAAAACGCAUUGAAUUCACACACUGUGGGGAGAUCAAGUAUUUGAUACACGGCCAAUUUCGCAGGUUUUCCAAAUUACAAAGCAUGUAGAAGUCUGUGAGUGGUCAAUCUAAAACAAAAAUCCAGAAAAUCACAUUGUAUGAUUUUUAAGUCAUUCAUUUGCAUUUUAUUGCAUGCCAUAAGUAUUUGAUCACCUACCAACCAGUAAUAAAUUCCAGCUCUCACAGACCUGUUAGUUUCUCUUCAAGAAGUCCCCCUGUUCUCCACUCAUUACCUGUAUUAACUGCACCUGUUUGAACCCAUUACCAGUAUAAAAGACACCUGUCCACACACUCAAUCAAACAGACUCCAACCUCUCCACAAUGGCCAAGACCAGAGAGCUGUGUAAGGACAUCAGAUAAAAUUGUAGACCUGCACAAGGCUGGGAUGGGCUACAGGACAACAGGCAAGUAGCUUGGCGAGAAGGCAACAACAGUUGGUGCAAUCAUUAGAAAAUGGAAGAAGUCCAGGAUGAUGGUCAAUCUCCCUCGGUCUGGAGCUCCAUGCAAGAUCUCACCUCGUGGGGCAUCAAUGAUCAUGAGGAAGGUGAGGGAUCGGCCCUGGGUUGAUAUAGCAGGACCUGGUUAAUGACUUGGACAGCACAGUCUCAUCCCAAGACGUCAUACAACUGACGCUUUUGACCAUACGUCAACAUCCGACG